UGCGUGUGCAAGGGCAGGCAUGCAUCAGGUUGUGCUCACUGUCGGUGUUCAAGAGGCUUAUGCUUGCUGGUGGAUUUUAUAAGUGUGUGUUUUCAGGGAAGCGUGCAUGUGGUGCUGGUGCUGAGUGUGUUCUGCAUGUGGUGUGGGGUGCGAGUGUUCACACACGGGUGUGCAGGAGUGUGCGUCUGUGUUUCUGCCGGUGUUGCGUGUGUGUCCGGGUGCGUGUGCAUGCACAGUUUGUGUGUGUGAGUGCUCGGGGACGCGCUGGGGCAGGGGUGGAGCCGCCGCCAGCAAGCGGGUUCUGCCCGAGCGGCACCUGCAGCCGGAGCGGCACCGGGCAGCGGCACCGGCAGCAGAAGUGGUAGCAGGAGCAGAAGUGGUAUAAGCAGCAGCAGCAGCACCGGCAGCAGCAGCACCAGCAGCAGCACGGGCAGCGAGCAGCUGCCCUCAGCGGCGGCGGGGCCGGAGCCAGGCUCCAACAUCUCACCGCAACACAGAAUGACGGAGCACGAGGACUUCGCGAGCUUGGCUGGGUACUGGAACUCCUCCAACAGCUACCAGUUCAGCCCUGCUAGUGUCAUUGUCCCUGUGGUCUUCUCCCUCAUCUUCCUCUUGGGCACAGUGGGCAAUAGCUUGGUGCUGGCAGUGCUGCUGCGCAACGGGCAAAUGGGCUACAACACUACCAACCUCUUCAUCCUGAACCUCAGCCUGGCUGACUUCUUCUUCAUUGUCUUCUGUGUGCCUUUCCAGGCCACUAUCUACUCCCUUGAGGGCUGGGUCUUCGGCUCCUUCAUCUGCAAGGCAGUCCACUUCUUCAUCUACCUCACCAUGUAUGCUAGCAGCUUUACUCUGGCUGCUGUCUCUGUGGACAGGUAUCUGGCCAUCCGCUAUCCCCUGCGCUCCCGGGAGCUGCGCACCCCCCACAAUGCAGUGGCUGCCAUGGCUGUGAUCUGGGGCCUCUCUGUGGUCUUUGCUGGGCCCUACCUAAGCUACUAUGAUCUGAUUGAGUGGGAGUCCAGCUACAUCUGCAUGCCUGGCUGGGAGGAGUGGAGACGCAAGGUCAUGGACACCAGUACCUUUGCCUUCGGCUAUGUCAUCCCCGUGCUGGUCAUCAGCCUCUCCUACACCAGGACCAUCAAGUACCUGUGGACAGCAGUGGACCCCCUAGAAGACAUAUCAGAGUCCAAGAAGGCCAAGCGGAAGGUAACCAAGAUGAUCAUCAUUGUUACCAUCCUUUUCUGCCUCUGCUGGCUGCCGUACCAUGUAGUCAUCCUCCGAUACCUCUACGGAGACUUCCCCUUCAACCAGGCCACCUAUGCCUUCCGCCUGCUUUCCCACUGCAUGGCCUAUGCCAACUCCUGCCUCAACCCCAUUGUCUACGCUCUGGUCUCCAAGCAUUUCCGCAAGGGCUUCAAAAAAGUUUUCAGCUGUCUCUUGAGAAAAAAGCACCGCAACAAGGUGCAUGUGGUGCACGCUGCCCACAUAGUGCCAGGAUUUGAGCCAGGCUCCACUGAAGUGUCCCACAUGCAUGAGGAGAACAACAGGCAUGAGCUGAUCCCAGCCUCCAUGGCAGUCCCCUCCCGUUCCUCCAAGCCCCUUUGUAUUUCUUAGUGGCCAAGUUCCACAUCAUCUGCCAGCUCAGCUGUGUCACCAGCUUCAGACCACCCUUCCCCCUGGGUGAGAGGGGAUGCUGGAAAGGCAAGCCAGAAACUGCUUCACAUGACUUCUGGCCUUGUCGUUCCUUCCCAUUCCAUUCACCAGCUGUUCUCCUGAGCAACAACAUGCUCUCCCCACAACACGCUGCAUGCAUGGGAAAGGAAUGAACCCAGGCUUGCUCCUGGAUCCUCAGACCACCUGGGCUCCAAGGACUAGAGCUCCAGCUCCUCUGUUGGCUCUCAUCCUUCCAGCUCCUCCGCUCCAUGGCCCCACUGCUCUGGACACCUUGGUUAGCUGUCAACAAGUCUCUUCUCCCUCCCAGUGCCCCAUCUGGCCAGACAGGCUCCCACAGCAAGAAUGGCAAGGGAGAUGAGCAGUGCCUGCAGGGCCAGACAAGCAAAGGUGGUGUGGAAAGUGACUGGAACAGCCCGUGGAUGUUUGCAGUGAUGGCGUUGGUGUUGGCCACACUGCUCUCCCAGCGACUGGACCCUCCCUCGGGCUGGGGGGUGGGCUGUUCGCUCUCUGCAUGUGUGGGAUGUUGCUGCUGUAAAUACUAGAGAAAUGUCUUUCUAUCCCAGAGCAAAUAAAUGCAUUUUCCUCAUCCA